CCUCCGCGAGAGACGCCGGGGGCCUGCGGCGCCCUGACGACACGAGCAUGGCUGACGGCGUCCGGCCGCGGGCGUCAACGCGCGGGAGUCGGCUUCCCCGCGGCUCCCGGAACGCAGGUACUUCACAAACAAACGCCUUAAAACAAGAAGAUGCGUCUAAAAGGAAAGCCGAACUAGAAGCAGCUGUGAGAAAGAAGAUAGAGUUUGAGAGAAAAGCUUUGCAUAUUGUUGAACAGCUGUUGGAAGAGAAUAUUACUGAAGAAUUCCUAAAGGAGUGUGGGAAGUUCAUCACACCUGCUCACUACAGUGAUGUUGUAGAUGAGCGUUCCAUCAUCAAACUCUGCGGUUAUCCCUUAUGUCAGAAGAAACUAGGAAUUGUACCAAGACAGAAAUACAAGAUUUCUACUAAAACUAAUAAAGUCUAUGAUAUCACUGAAAGAAAGUGUUUUUGCAGCAAUUUUUGUUAUAAAGCAUCAAAAUAUUUUGAAGCACAAAUUUCCAAAACUCCAGUUUGGGUUCGAGAAGAAGAAAGGCAUCCUGAUUUUCAGCUGCUUCAGGAAGGACAAAGUGGCCAUUCAGGAGUAGAAGUUCAACUAAGCAGUAAACCCAUUGAAACCUCAGACAUUGACAAUCCUGGCCAUCUUGUGAAGCAUGAUGAACCCACUUCUCCUAGCACUCAUAGUGAUAGUAGCAGUGAUAAUGAACAAGACUUUGUUUCCUCCAUUCUUCCAGGAAACAGACCAAAUGCAACGGAUAUAAGGCCACAGCUGCACCAAAAAGGCAUAAUGAAAAAGAAAGCCAGUCAUAAAGCUAACUCUAAACAUGAAGACAGAGAAGGGAUAGUGAAUGAUGUCACUGAACAGUUAGGCCAUUGCAGAUUAACACAUGUGGAGAAAGCUGCAACUUGUGAACCUCCCUUACAGAAAGGAAGUACUCAUAUUUCUACAAAUCAUCCUUUGCAGGAAAAAUCAGAAGCUUCAAAAAAUUCUGAAAUUGAAUACAAUAGUUCAAAAAUAACUCUAGUAGGCCUAAGCAAGAAAAGCGCCGAGCAUUUUAAGAAGAAAUAUGCCAAGUCUAGGUCAGCUCCUGGUGUGGUGCAGGUGUGUCCUGAAAUUGCAAAGAAAAACAUACUUAAAGUCCUGAAGGAAACUUUGAUUGAGUGGAAGACAGAAGAAACGUUGAGGUUUUUAUAUGGCCAAAAUUAUGCUUCUGUUUGUUUGAAACCCUCUUCAGGCCCUCAGGCUAAAGAAGAAGAACUUGAUGAGGAUGACAUAAACUCUGACCCAGGGAGUUAUUCCUCUCCAGUGGGGGAGUCUCAGAACAGCUUGGAUGAGUCUCUACCAUUUAAGGCCUCUAAUACAGCCAUUAAGCCACUACCAAGUUAUGAAAACUUGAAAAAAGAAACAGAAACAUUAAAUCUAAGGAUCAGAGAGUUUUAUAGAGGACAAUAUGUUUUGAAUGAAGAAACCACCAAAUCACAAGACUCAGAAGAGAAUGAUCCCACCUUUCCACUGAUAGACUCAAGUUCUCAGAACCAGAUUAGAAAACGCAUUGUACUUGAAAAAUUGAGUAAAGUGUUGCCUGGACUUUGGGGGCCUCUUCAGAUAUCACCAGGAGAUAUUUAUACACAACUUAAAGAUCUUGUUCGAACAUUCAGAUUAACAAAUAGAAAUAUUAUACACAAACCUGCAGAGUGGACUUUAAUUGCGGUGGUGUUGUUGUCACUAUUGACCCCAAUUCUUGGCAUUCAGAAGCAUUCUCAGGAAAACAAGGUGUUUACACAGUUUAUAGACACACUACUUGAAGAAUUACAUUUGAAAAAUGAAGACCUUGAAAGUUUAACCAUCAUAUUUAAAACCAGCUGUUAACCAGAGUGAUAUAAUCCACAAAGACAGAAGAUUACCUUGCAGUCACCAUUUCUGGUGAAUAUGCUGGCCACAGUGACAGUCUGGACAGCUCUGUCCCAAGAAAGACCUUCACCUAAUAUUUUAAGCACCUGUAACCUGUCUCUGAUGGUACGGCAAUUCUCUCAGAGGAGAACCAUUACUCCAAUGAAAAUAAUCUUUACAUCUCUACUAUAAGAUGUAGUAUUGUAUUUAUUUGAAAAAAUUUGAAGUCUUAAUGUGAUGAAUAUUCAAGAAAAUUGACUUUUUUUCUAAGUGAAUUCAAUACUAAACAUUUUACAAAAAAAAAUAAUAACUUUCUGAGAAAUUUACAUUUGUGCCUCAUAGUCUUAAUUCUGAUUUCAGGAAAGGUUUAUUGGGUACAGUCCUUCCGGGCGGGCCUCUCGGACAUGUGUGUCCCAGCCACCCAACACAGCUUCACUGCACGAUUCACAUUCACAGCAGCGGCUCGGGGCAGCUCUCGAGUGGAGACAGUGCGGAAUUGGGGUUCUCUGUUCACAAAUAUGAUCAAGCUGAGGAAGGAAGCAGGGACACAGGCCCUCGCCCCGAUCCUCAGACAGGUGGAAGGGGAGGCGGGCGUGGGGCGGCCCGAAGGGCUGGACUCAGCCCCUUCACCUGCCCCUGGUGCCCACUCGUCCCACUGCACUCGAGAGGGGCUGGCGGGAGAGCCUCGGCUCCCACUCGCUCUUGGCCGAGAUGUUACUGAGCCCGCCCGAGAAAUCGGUGAUUAACAGGAUUUCGUGAUUUUGUGAUCGUGAUUCAUGAGUCUUAAUUCUAGAUUCUUAAGAGUUAGGUCAAUCUAAAAAAGCUCCUUGGAAGUCUGGCAAUUACUCUUUGAAAGAAGCUCAUUUUGCUUUUUUAAAAAAGGGUUCUUAACAAAAUGAUUAAAUUCACACAUACAUAAAGAAGUAUUCCAGAACUUUAGACUCAAGAAAUUUUUUAAUGUAAUCUAAAAUUUAUAUUCCUUUCUCAAAAUGUUUAUCAAAUAUUCAAGUUAGCCAGUCCUCCAGAGCGGUCAAGGGCCUCAGCCAAUCUGAGUAGCUUGCUAGAAGCCCAGGAAGCAGAACGAAAUUAGAUCUGCACUCUUGAACACUGGAGAGAGUGACAUAGCUGAGAACCCAGCUGGGGAAUGGAGCCAGAGGGCAGCCUGAUGGAAUAGGAAGUUCAGCAGGCAGGAAUCUUGUAAGUUCAACAGAGUUAUAGGCUACCAUAUCAAAAUACAAAAACCAAGUCUUUUUAGAGCUAAGAAAAAUUCAAAAUUAAGAAUUCCACCCAAGGGCUGGUGGUAUAGCAGAAAGGGCAUUUGCCUUGCACACGGCCGACCCAGGUUCAAUCCCCAGCAUCCCAUAUGGUCUCCAAGCACCUCCAGGAGUAAUUCCUGAGUGCAGAGCCAGGAGUAACCUCAGAGCAUCACUUGGGUGUAACCCAAAAAGAAAAAAAAAAAGAAUUCCACCCAGAACCAGGGAGAUGAGUACUAGGGUUCAAACUGCAUGCAAACAUUGCUGGCUUAGAGGCAAAGUUCUCAGAUAAGAAUCCAAAAGCACAAUCCUUAAGUAGUUGUACUUCAUCAAAAUGUACAACUUUUGCACAAUAAAAAAAAAAAACUAAAACAUAAAAAGACAAACUAAGGGGCCGGAGCGAUAGCACAGCGGGUAGGGCGUUUGCCUUGCAUGCGGCCGACCCGGGUUCAAUCCCCGGCAUCCCAUAUGGUCCCUCAAGCACCGCCAGGAGUAAUUCCUGAGUGCAAAGCCAGGAGUAACCCCUGAGCAUCGCUGGGUAUGACCCAAAAAGCAAAAAAAAAAAAAAACAAAACAAAAAAAACUAAUGCUGGGAGAAAAUAUUUUCAAAUGAUAUUUCAUUUUUAAAAACUUCUAUCCAGGAUACUAAAUUCUUUUUUAAUAUUAGACACCAUGAUUUACAACACUGUUAUAAUUUUAUGUUGUUUUAGCACCACACUCAGCACCAGAGUUUCAGUGUCCCUCCACCAGUAUUUCAAGCCCCCUCCCACCUAUAUUCCCCACUCCCCUUCAGUAAACUCAAUUCUGUAGGCCAGUUCUCAGGGUCUGUUUGCCACUGGCCACUUGUUAUUUCCUUACUAUAUUUCUUUAUAUUCCACAUAUGAGACCUUGUUCUGUAUCCCUCCCUCUCCCUCUGACUCCACUCCGCACACUCUCCUCUAGUUGCAGCUGCAUAACAGCAGCUACAUGAUUCCAUCUUAUUGCUGAGCAACGUUCAGUUUUAUGUACACACCACAUUUUCUUUAUCCAUACAUCUAUUCUUGUGCAUGAGUUAUUUCCAGAUCUUGGCUAAGGAAUUCUCAAAACUUAAAAGUAAAACUUAAAACUCAAUGGUAGAAGGGCCAGAGAGAUAAGUUUAACAGGAUGCUCUAAUGCUUUGCCUGCCAGAGGCCCUGCCUUCAUCCAUAGCACCAAGUGGUCCCUGGAGCCCAGAGCCAGGAGUGGCCAUCAGGUGUAGCCCCGAAAGUUAAAAUUAUAGCAAAGAAGAUAAACAUUUAAAUGGUUUAGCCUAUGAAAGGAUGGUCAUUAGAGAAAUGCAAGUUCAGACCAAAAUUAGAUUAUCACUUCAUGCCCACCACUAAAACUGUAAUUUAAAAAAGACAAAAAUAAGUGCAGUUGAGGAUAUAAAGAAACACGCUAAUACAGUGCUGGUAGGAAAAAUAAAUGUUCUGAUCACUUUACAGAAGUCUAAUCAUUUCUUUAAAAGUUAAACAUGGAACCAGGGAUUUAGCUCACCAAUAGAACUCACACACACACACACACACACACACACACAC